AUGCCUUUUCCUCCGUGGGAGCUGUGCUUAGAGCUCGUCGAGCUUUAUUUUGAUCUCAUUCACGACCAGUUUCAUUCCCUGUUCCAUAGACCCAGCUUCAUCGAACAGGUCAGAAAAGGGACGGCUCCUCGAGUCCUACUUUUUGCUAUGAUGGCACUAUCUGCUAGGUUCUCGUCAAAUGCAGCAUUCUCAAAUAUUCCGCCGCGGGAUCGUUGCAUGCCAUACUAUGAUGAAAGCACAAGACUUCUUGAUCUACGAGUCAAUUCUAUCACCACCAUUCAAGCUUGCGUGCUCCUUGGCGGUAUCAGCACUACUGAAGACAAUGCUAUUACAGAGUCCGUCUACUACACGGUGGCAUGUCGUAUGGCAACUUUACUGGACAUCGCGAGGAAGCCAGUACAAGAUCCGCUAGAACGAGAGGUCAACAUCAGAGUAUGGUGGACCCUAUGCAUGGUAGAUGUCUGGUCGUCACGAAGUAUUCGUCUUCCGCGACAGAUGCCUCACAUGGAGGGCCUUCCGUUGCCAAUCGACGAGAUAAGUUUUCUCCAUUGGCGUCUAGAAAACGUAGCACCCGACCAUGGGGAUGAUUGCUCUUCGUCUCUUCUCGCCCAAAUGAUAACCUUGAACCGCAUCCUCUCUCAAAUCAACGACGCGAUUGCCGAAACGGCCGCUGGAAGCACCAUCACUCUGGUGGUAGAGCAAACUGUGCAAGACCUCUCACAGAAAAUGGACGACUGGUACGCCGCCCUCCCCGAAUACAUGCACGACACUCCCGAGAACCUCCAACGGUACGCCUCCCAAGGUCUCGGGAGAAUAUUCGUAGCUGUCUACUUGGGCUACUACCACUUCGGACAGCUGCUCUACUACCAGCUUCUUCACGAAGACCGCCAUGGCUCCGGAAACCAUUACUACACCAACAAGUGCAAGUCCUUCGCCGCAAAACUCUGCACCAUAGUCUACGCCUCGCACGCUACCCCGGGAUGCGAAGUCUGGUACAACAUGAUCCACACAUUGCUUUUUGACACUGACGAAGCGGUCAUAGCAGCCGCUCGCUCGCGGCUCGAACAGAACUUCACCAUUCUGAUGCGGCUGCGAGAUUACUGGCCUAUGCUAGAGAGUUGCUUUGCCCGGCUGCAGAUUUUUCAUGAGGUUUGUAGACAGAAUAUCGACUCGAGCUUUCGGAUGGAUAUGUGGAUGUUGAAGUUCUUGAGCGAGUUUGCGGAGCCCAUUCGAGUGAAGGAAGAUGAAGAGCAGGAGGGUAUGGUGGGAUUGUAUUCAGUGGAGAAUGUUGGUGUCAGCCCGCAGGAUUGGGUUUAA